GGCCUAUCUCCCCAUCUAUACCUUUCACAUGUUAUUUUAUUAAAGACUCUUCUUUUUUCCUCCUCCAUUACUUUCUCUAAUUCUUCUUUCUUCUUCAUUAACAACUGCAUUGUCUCCUUAGAUCUUUCCCUUUUAUGCACCUGUUCAAGAUCAUAUAUUUCAUUUAAUAAUCUAUCUUUUCUCUCUCCUUUCUUUUUUGUCCCCAUUGCAAUGAGAUUCCUCUAAUAUAGGCCUUAUGAGCUUCCCACACCGUGGCCACCAACACUUCUUCAAACUCAUUUUCCUCAAAAAA